AUGAGGGUCCUGGCCUGCCUCCUCGUGGCUUUGAUGGGGACCCAGGCUGUUGAGCGGCUGCGUCUGGCUGAUGGGCCCCAUGGGUGUGCAGGCCGCCUGGAGGUGUGGCACGGCGGGCGCUGGGGCACCGUGUGUGACGACGGCUGGGACCUGCGGGACGCUGCUGUGGCCUGCCGGGAGCUGGGCUGCGGGGGCGCACUGGCUGCCCCCGGGGGCGCCUUCUUCGGGGAGGGUGCGGGGCCCGUGUGGCUGAGUGAACUGGCCUGCCGGGGUGGGGAGCGGCAGCUGGGCCUCUGCCCCCACCGGGGCUGGAAGGCCCACAUCUGCUCACACGAGGAGGAUGCGGGGGUCGUCUGUGCAGGCCAGCGUGGGACAGACUCCAGGGACCACGACGACCCACCUUCAGUCCUGGAUGGGGACCCCUGGCCGGGGCCAGCAGGGGAGCUGAGCGCCGGCUCUGAGGAGCCCCCAGUGACGCCUGCCCCCCGCCCAGCCGGAACCCCCCAGAGUGGCUCCCGGAAGAAGAGCCCCCGGCUGCCCAAGCUGGCCAAGUCCACCAGGGCCCCAGUGCUGACUGCUGGAGCCCCCCGCCAGGAACGGCUGCGCCUGGUCUCCGGCCCCCACGGGUGCGCCGGGCGCCUAGAGGUGUGGCACGGUGGGCGCUGGGGCACCGUGUGCGACGACGGCUGGGACCUGCGGGACGCUGCCGUGGCCUGCCGGGAGCUGGGCUGCGGGGGGGCCCUGGCCGCCCCUGGGGGGGCUCGGUUCGGCCCGGGCGCGGGGCCCGUGUGGAUGGACGACGUGGGGUGCGGAGGCGGAGAGCAGGCCCUGAGAGACUGUCCCCGAAGCCCCUGGGGCCGGAGCAACUGCGACCACAGCGAGGAUGCAGGACUGGUCUGCACAGGUCCGGCCCCCCGGCUGCGUCUGGCCGACGGCCCUCAUGGGUGUGCCGGCCGCCUGGAGGUGUGGCAUGGCGGGCGCUGGGGCACCGUGUGCGACGAUGGCUGGGACCUGCGCGACGCCGCCGUGGCCUGCCGGGAGCUGGGCUGCGGGGGCGCGCUGGCCGCCCCCGGGGGCGCCUUCUUCGGGGAGGGUGCGGGGCCCAUCCUUCUGGAUGACCUCCGCUGUCGGGGGAACGAGACGGCUUUGCGGUUCUGUCCGGCACGGCCCUGGGGUCAGCACGACUGUCACCACCGGGAGGAUGCUGGGGCCGUGUGUGACGGUAUGCCUCUUGGGUAUGUCCCUCCCACGGCCCCCGCGGCAGGCAGCAACAGCUCGGGGCCCAGGGGGGCUGCUUCCAGGCCCCCACCCCCCACGGCGAGCCUGGCCCCAUGGACGCCCGGUGUCUCAGCUCCGCCUGUCCCCCCGACCGCCCUUCAGGAGCCUGGGCCGGACGCCGGGUCCCCCCAGCUACGCCUGGUGGCGGGACCUAGCAGGUGCUCAGGCCGGCUGGAGGUAUGGCAUGCGGGACGCUGGGGGACCGUGUGUGACGAUGGCUGGGACCUGCGGGACGCGGCCGUGGUCUGCCGGGAGCUGGGCUGUGGGGGGCCACGGCAGCCCGACCCCACCGCCGGCCGCUUCGGCUGGGGUGCCGGCCCCAUCUGGCUGGACGAUGUGAGGUGCACGGGGACCGAGGCUGCCCUGGCUGACUGCCCCGCCUCUCCCUGGGGGAAGCACAACUGUGCCCACAACGAGGACGUUGGAGUCACCUGUGCAGGAACCCCCGGCCUGGACUCCAUCUCAGACCCCUUCAGUUGGAGCUGGAUCCCCGGCCUGGGCAGAGACGUGGACACCUGGCUCCCGGGGGAGCUGGCCACCAAGCCCUCUGCAAGGCGGACCCCGAGCAUCCCCGAGAAAACCACCACCAAGGCUCCAGGGAAGACGCCCAAAAGCACCAAGAAGUGGGUGACCAAGAACGCAAAGAGACCGACGACUCAGCCCCCGGCGAUGCCAACCACUAAGCACUCCAGGGUCUCGGGCACCCAGAGUACCCCCGAACUGACCUCACGGACCACCAGCACCAGCACCCCGGCCACAGGGGCCUCCCGAAGACCCACCUCUGAGUUUACCACCAGGCUGACCACGCAGGCCCCCCGCAGGCUGACCUCGCACACCACCGUAACUCGGACUUCUCGAGCCCCCCGGGAGCGGACCUCUAAGACCGUGGUGACGCCGGCCACCCAGGGCCCCCGAUUAGUGACCUCUGAGGCCACAGUGGAGCCAUCUGCUGAGUUCCCAGGCCAAGGCUCUCCAGAGUCAUCCACGGACCCGGCCCCCUCCCCCGCCGGCGCAGCAGGCCCGCUCCGGGUUCGUCUGGCGGACGGGCCCAACCGGUGUGCCGGGCGGCUGGAAGUGUGGCACGCUGGACACUGGGGGACGGUCUGUGAUGACGGCUGGGACCUGAGGGACAGCAUGGUGGCCUGCUGGGAGCUGGGCUGCGGGAGGGUCCGGCCUCGAGUGGGCAAAACCCACUACGGCCCCGGCUCCGGGCCCAUCUGGCUGGACGACGUGGGCUGCAAGGGCAGCGAAUCCUCACUGAGCGACUGCCCGGCCCGGGCGUGGGGACAGCACAACUGCGACCACGAGGAGGACGUGGGGCUCACCUGCACUGGCUACGCAGACGAGGAGGACUAUCCCCCCUGGACCUGGGACCCCACCUCAGGGGAGGACCUAGCCAAGGGGACCGCCGCUGCAGGGGUGCCCGGACACACCCUCUCCCGGGAAACCACGGGGAGCCCAAGGGCCCCUGCCCCAGCAACGAGGCGCCUUCCGAGCACAGGUGACAAGGAUUGUCGUGAGCCUUCCCGGACGGGGGACACACCUUCAGGAGGAGUCCUGGCCAAGGAGACACCCGCUGCAGCCACGCCUGGCCCCCCUGGCACCACCAGGAGCUCAGGCCACCCCUCUCUAGCUCCCAGGCUCCGUGGGGACACAGGCUCCCUGAGGAGACGGUGGCCAGAGCGCCGACUGCGGCCCACGACGGCCAGGACUGCGCCCGCCGCCCCUUCCCCACCCCGCUCCGCCGCGCCGGGGCCAGCCGACCCUCCACUGACCUCCACCUCGGCACCGCCGCUCAUCCGCACGGCGGCCUCAACGCCGGAGGAGACCCCUGACGGGACCUCCGCGGUGCCGUCCAGCCCGGCCGCGGCCUCUCGCGGGAGCGCCCACCGCACCUCGACGAGCCCUGGCCUUACCGUGCCCUCCCCUGACGCCUCCGCGGCCCCCGCGCCGACCUCUGGGCUUUCGCCCACCCCACCGCCCACCGCGCCCAAGGAGCUCACCUCAGACCCCUCUGCGCCGGCGGCGGCGACCCACCUCUCCCCUACCUCAGGGCUGACUCCGGAGCCGGACAGAGCCCCAGGCCGGGGCACGUCUCCACAGCCCAGCGCAGUUCCAGAACCUUCCAGUUCCCCAGACCGCUCCACCGGGCCUCACCCCACCACCGCUCCGUACUCCACCAUGAGCUCUCACCCCGCAGCGACCUCUCACCCCACCACGGCCCCGUACUCCACCAUGACCUCUCACCCCGCAGCGACCUCUCACCCCACCACGGCCCCAUACUCCACCAUGACCUCUCACCCCACCACGGCCCCGUACUCCACCAUGACCUCUCACCCCGCAGCGACCUCUCACCCCACCACGGCCCCAUACUCCACCAUGACCUCUCACCCCACCACGGCCCCGUACUCCACCAUGACCUCUCACCCCGCAGCGACCUCUUACCCCACCACGGCCCCAUACUCCACCAUGACCUCUCACCCCACCACGGCCCCGUACUCCACCAUGACCUCUAACCCCACAACAGCCCCGUACUCCACCAUGACUUCUCACCCCACAGCGAUCUCUCACCCCACUACUACCCUUUACCCCACCUCGACCCCUCACGCCACCACGACCCCUUAUCCCACCACGACCCCUUAUCCCACCACGACCCCUUAUCCCACCACGACCUCUCACCCUACAGUGACCUCUCGCCCCACUACUGCCCUUUACCCCACCACGAACCCUCACGCCACCAAGACCCCUUAUCCCCCCACCACCGCUCACUCUACCUCAACCCCUCACCCCACCACGACCCCCCCUCCCAUCACUACUGCUCAGUCCACCACAACCCCUCACCCCACUACGACUCCUCACCCCACCACCAGCCCUUACCCUGCCACGACCCCUCAGCCCAUCACGACCCCUCACCCUGCCACCACCUCUCACCCUACAACUCCUCACCCCAUCACCACCCCUUACCCCACCACAACCCCUCGCCCCACCACGACCCCUCACCUCACGACCACUACUUACCACACCAUGACUCCUGACCUCACCUCAGCCUCUAUGGUCACUGCCAAGUCCGUUCUAACUCCCUUGGGAACAGAAUCUCCCUCUCCCUCUCUAGUGAAGCCCAGCCUGCACCCCCAGAUGACCUUCAUGGGGGCCCCUCGCCCCUCCACAUCUCCAGCCUCAGAGUCCAGCCUGUCUCCUGCCCCAAGCAUGGACAUACCGUCCACUGAGAACUUCAAACCAACCACAAGCCAGAGCCCCCAAGUAACCUCUCCACCUACCCAGACUCCACACUCAGCCCCUGACCCCACUGUGACCCCUGUGGGGUCAUCUGGGGACCAUCUGGCUCCUAUGGCCCACCCCUUGGAUCAACCGCCCCCUGAUCACCUCUCUCUCAGGCCAGCUCCCAGUCCGAGCUCAGGCCCUCCGGGCCCGUGUGAGGCCCCAGUGCCGCCUGUGAGGGUCAUGGCUUGCGAGCCACCUGCCCUGGUAGAGCUGGUGGCCGCUGUGAGGGAUGUGGGCAGCCAGCUGCAGAGGCUGACCCAGGCCCUGGAGCGAGAUCAACAGGAGCGCCGAGCCCUGGGACUGGGCUUGACCCAGGUGGUGGAGGCCGCCCAGGGUCUGGGGCAGCUGGGUGAGGUUGUGAAGAGACUGGCAGAGGUGGCCUGGCCCCCUACCACACCUGUACCAACCACUACCACCCCUGAGUGGGAAGAUAGGCCUCUGCGGGGAGAUGUGUGACCUUAUCGGAGGGACUUAAGCCACUCCCCAACAACAACAAAGGAAAACCAAAGUAUCUACUUAAAAACAAAGUGUGAAUGAUGUUUCUGGGGGACUAGGGGAGGAGGAAUCACAAGACCGAUCUGUUUGUGAAUGCCACAGGCACCACACGAGGCAAUCAAGGGACUGUGAUGGUUAUGAUGGUCAUGAUGGUGAAGAGGAGGAGGUGAUAGUGAUGGCAAGGAUGAAGGUGAUCCUGGUGAUGAUCAUUCCAUUAAGGUGGUGAUGGUGGGGGCGAUGAAGGUGACCGUGGUGAUGAUGGGCAUGAAGCUAGUGGGGACAGCUAUCCUGAUGGGAAUGAUCGUCAUGGUGAUACUAUGGUGGCGAUGAUGGUCACGAAGAUCACGGAGAUAGCUGUUGUGAUGGUGUUGUGAUGACAGCGAUGGAA